CCCCCAAGCCCUGAGGUGUUGGGCCGGGGGUGCAGACAGCGGGGUUCUCCCGGUUCUAGUCCGUGGGCUCAGGGUCGGGUUCAAAGCCUCCGGAACGCGCUUUGACCAGACUUGAGGAGGGGGGGCGGGGAGGGGCCUGCGGCUUGCGGCCCCGCCCCCUUCUCCAGCUCGCCCGUGAGCGGAUAAACCCGCCUCCUGUUUCGCCCGGCCCUGGGGCCGCGUCCCCGGGCAAUUCAGUAGCCGAGGCCUGAGCUUCAGCUUGCAGGUGUCGGCUGCGAGGCCCCCCAGGGUACGGCCCGGCUCGGCCCCAUGGUGGGUUUCGGGGCCAACCGGCGGGCUGGCCGCCUGCCCUCCUUCGUGCUGGUGGUGCUUCUAGUGGUGAUCGUCGUCCUUGCCUUCAACUACUGGAGCAUCUCCUCCCGCCACGUCCUGCUCCAGGAGGAGGUGGCCGAGCUGCAGGGCCAGGUCCAGCGCACCGAGGUGGCCCGCGGGCGCCUGGAGAAGCGCAAUUCGGACCUCUUGCUCUUGGUGGACACGCACAAGAAACAGAUCGACCAGAAAGAGGCCGACUACGGUCGCCUGAGCAGCCGGCUGCAGGCCAGGGAGGGCCUGGGGAAGAGAUGCGAAGAUGACAAGGUUAAACUGCAGAACAACAUAUCAUAUCAGAUGGCAGAUAUACAUCAUUUAAAGGAGCAACUUGCUGAGCUUCGUCAGGAGUUUCUUCGACAAGAAGACCAGCUUCAGGACUAUCGGAAGAAUAAUACUUACCUUGUGAAGAGGUUAGAAUAUGAAAGUUUUCAGUGUGGACAGCAGAUCAAGGAAUUAAGAGCACAACAUGAAGAAAAUAUUAAAAAAUUAGCAGACCAGUUUUUGCAAGAACAAAAGCAAGAUGCUCAGAAGAUUCAAGCAAAUGAUGGAGAAAAAUUGAGUGUGAAUGAUCAUGUAGUACCCAAAAAUAUUCCAGAAGUAGCUGAAAAUGCUGCAGAAAAGAAUGAAGAACCCUCAAGUAAUCAUAUUUCACAUGGGAAAGAACAAAUCAAACGAGGUGGUGAUGCAGGGAUGCCGGGAAUAGAAGAGAAUGACCUAGCAAAAGCUGAUGAUCUUCCUGCUGCUUAUUUAAAUAAACCUCAUAUAUCAGUUUCUCAACUUGGAGGUCACCAAGCAAUUCCCCCUCAUCCAACUGGACAACCUCUUUCUCCCAAUUUGGCUGAAGAUGCACAGAUGAACCAUAAUGGAGACCUUGGUACUUCGAAACAGAACCCUUCCAACACUCUUCAGCGUUUAAUUCCAGGCUCCAAAAUGGAGAGCGAACCCAAAAUUCAAGCAGAUUUACUAAAGCAGGCUACCAAGGAUAAAGUUGGUGACUUCCAUAAAUUGAAGCAAAGCCGAUUCUUUGAUGAGAAUGAAUCCCCUGUUGAUCCGCAGCAUGGCUCUAAACUGGCGGAUUAUAAUGGGGAUGAUGGUAACGUAGGUGAGUAUGAGGCAGACAAGCAGGCUGAGCUGGCUUACAAUGAGGAAGAAGAUGGUGAUGGUGGAGAGGAAGACGUCCAAGAUGAUGAAGAACGAGAGCUUCAAAUGGACCCUGCAGAUUAUGGAAAGCAACAUUUCAAUGAUGUCCUCUGAGUCCUAAAGAAAACUUCAGAAAACCUAAAGUGCUGUAAUAUGGAAUCAUUUCUACUUCAUCGUUUUUACUUUUGCUGUAAAGAUCAGUUGUAUCAGUUGUAAAGAUACAGUGAGAUAGAUUUAAGGAAAAUUUUAAUGAAGGAAUGUACCCAUGUACAUAUGUGAACAUUUUCCUAUUGUAUUAUCAAAGCAGAGACUUUUUGGUUAUGAUAUAUUUGAGCCAAAAACAGUUAAUCUUUGCAUUUAAAGCAAACUAAUGUAUAUUUCACACUUUAUUGAGCCUAAUAAUUCUUUCCACAAAUAGACAAGCAGGAAAAAAAAUGGUUGUACAUGUUAUAUGUUGCACAUAGCUUAACCAGAGAACAGUUAUGCAGCUGAAAACUUUUUAUACACUAAUACAUUGUUAGCCCAAUAGAUGUUCUGUCUAUCCCCUACUUCAUGAUCUUCAAGGAAUUAUACCUAGCAUAAUUACACAAAAAAGGGAAACUGGAAACCCAACACUGGGCAGCAUAUGUACAAAAUCCCCUCCCAUCCUUUUAUCUUACGUGAGUGCUGAUAUGUUUUGGCAGAUACGUUUUCAGCUAGGGCCUGACGGAAGUUUGAAGUAACCUGCAAAGACAUGAUGAUAUUUGUGAGUUAUACCUUACUUACUUUUUGAACUUGUGGAAUGCAUGACUGACAUAUAUUUUCAGUUUUUAUUUUUUCAAGUAAUACCAGUACUGCUUCACUAUGGCCAACAGUGGCUAAAAUUUUUUAUAUUUUCAGAGUUCAAGUUGGUGAAGAUAUUCAUGAUUGAAAUGCCAGAUCCUGAGAGGGGCUAAAUCUGCUUUGACUGAAUCUGCAAUCAGUAUUUCAAAGACUUUCUGGUAGUUUCAGUGAUCUUAUUUGACUAGACUUUUUCAGAAGUACUAAAUAAGCAAUUUUAACAGGUUUUUAUUCAUGCGCAGAUAAAUAAAAGUACAGUGAGGUCCACAGCUGUUUUAUUAAAAUAGCUUAAAAGUUUGUAACAAAAAUGAAUGUUUGUAAUUAAUAUGUUAAGAACCCAUCAAACUCAUCUUUGCUAGACUUACAAAAUUAUUUUAAAUGCAUUUGUCUUUUUUUUUUUACUCUAUUCAGUAGAAUGUGUAAGCUAGGCAAUCCGUGUUCUCUGAUUUAAAUUAUUUUUAAAUCUUAUCCCACUUCCCUAAAAUAAAAGGUUUUAAUCUUAUGUGGAAAUUUAAGGUUGUUAACCCUGUUUUUCAGAAGGAUGACUGCUAAUUGCUUAUAAACAACAUGAAAUGUACCCCCCUACCCCCAGUACUAAGGUUGCAGUCAAAAUUCAGACUUACAGAGGUAAAAAAUUAUUUUGGAAUUAUUUAAUGGAAAAGAUGCAGUUAAUUUACUAAAACUAUUUUUCCCACCUUAUCAAAGUAAACAAUUGGUGCCUUUGUUAUCAGUAGAGUCAGGUCUACAAUGAAUAGGUAUGAUGAUUCACAGAAUUUUUAAAAUGUAAUUAAAAGGAAGGGAUGUACACCUUUUGGGUAUUAAUGUGGGGAGAUGAAUCUAAAAAUACUUCUGGUAGUACAUCUUGAUAUUUAAUUCUGUAAAAUCUUUAUAAAAGAAAACCAAGAAAAUUACCUACCUUAAUACCUUUGUCAUAAAAACCAUCACUUGGUUGUAUGGUAGCUAUUACUUACACAGCAAAAUUUCUUCAAUUAGCAGCCUAGACAUUUUAUAAACUGAGAAAUCUUGGACCAAUUGAUACUAUUUCUGACUGUAUUAACAUUUUAGUGCUAUAAAAUACUAUGUAAAUCUUUUAAAAUUCUGACAUUCUACAGUCUGUAUUAGACAUAUUGUUUUUAUAAUGUUUUACUUCUGCCUUAAGAUUUAGGUUUUUUAAAUGUAUUUUUGCCCUGAAUUAGUGUUAAUUUGAUGGAAAUCAUCACUCACUGGGUUCUAAUAAAUUAAAAAUUAAACUUG